UUCAUCCCACUAAACGCCAAAAAUCAGCAGGCUGAAGAAGACACCCUGCUCAAUCCGAUAAUAAUGUCCCGUUCUUGAGGAAAAGAAGAACACCCUCUUGGUUUCUGGAUCAGACUUACCAUUUUUCUCGAUCUGAUCCGUCCUCCAGAAGCGACCCGAUUUCUCAGAAGACCUCAAGAAUAUUACCCACAAGAGAGCAACACAAAAGAUAACCAGAAUCUUGAUGGCAAAGUGCUUCAGCUUUGCAGAGACGAGGAACCGAUGCUUCCGCUUCUCCUUCUCCCAAGCGGGCCUGAAAUCGGCCACCACCGACCUCGGCGACGGCACGGUCAUGCACUGUUGGGUCCCCAAGACGUACAAGCCCAGCAAGCCCAACUUGCUCCUCGUGCACGGCAUCGGUGCUAACGCCAUGUGGCAGUGGAACGAGUUCAUCUCCCCCUUCGUCGCCAGAUUCAACGUGUACGUGCCUGAUCUCCUGUUCUUCGGCGAUUCCUACACGACCCGGCCCGAGCGGACCGAGCAGUUUCAGGCUCAGUGCGUCGCAGGAGUCUUGAAGGCUCAGGGAGUGAGGAAGACGAAUGUGGUGGGGAUAAGUUACGGCGGGUUCGUGUCGUACAGCCUGGCGGCGCAGUUCCCGGAGAUGGUGGAGAAAUUGGUUCUGUGCUGUGCAGGGGUGUGUAUGGAGGAUAAGGACAUGGAGGAUGGGAUGUUUCCGGUGAAGAGCGUGGACGAGGCGGUGAGUUUCCUGUUCCCGCAAACGCCAGAGAAGGUAAAGGAGAUGCUCAAGGUCGUGUUUUACAAGCCAAUGGUGAAAGUCCCCUCUUGCUUUGUGCAGGAUUUCAUUGAUGUUCUGUGCACGGAGUACCUUCAAGAAAGGACAGAGCUGGUCAAUGCCUUACACAAAGAUAGGAAGAUGUCUAAUGUUCCCAAAAUAAACCAGUCAACACUGAUUAUCUGGGGGGAAUAUGAUAAGGUCUUUCCAUUGGAAUUGGGUCACAGAUUAAAGAGGCAUUUGGAUGAAAACGCACAAUUAGUGGUUAUAAAGGACUGUGGUCAUGCGAUGAAUGCAGAGAAGCCGAAAGAGAUGUACAAACACAUCAAGUUGUUCCUCGUCGAUCCACAACUUUCACCUAAAAAGGCAAAUCAAACAAAUGGCCAGAAGGUGGACUAAGAGUCGGCAAUGAUGUUAUAUUCGAAUCAGCCUUCUGCAGCAUGCACACAUUGAUCUAAGCUAUGUAAUUACAAGAAACAUUGUUCAACAUAAUGAAUCUAUGAAAAUUGAGGGUCAUACUAUGGGGAAUGUUUCCUUUUUUUUCUUGAGAUAAAGCAUUACAGACACAUUUUUUUGGGUUCAUUGUGGAUUUUGCUAUAGUAGCAUUGCAUUGUUUGCUUGUAAUGCUGCUUUCAGGUUACACAAAUCAAAUUUAUGCUGGCUGUGAUGAA